UAUAAAGCUAGACGGUAUGAACAAAUGAAAGAACGUCGUCUGUGAUUGGUUUGUUUUGGUUCAGGGCAGAGGGGACGAUGGCCAAGGUUUACUCAUUCGAGGAGGUCUCCUCCCACAAUACCCAAAACGACUGCUGGAUCAUCGUCAACUCUAAGGUAUAUGAUGUGACAAGUUACUUGGAAGAGCAUCCUGGUGGAGACGAUGUCCUGCUGUUAGCAACUGGUAAAGAUGCGACAGAGGAUUUUGAGGAUGCUGGACAUAGUACAGAUGCAAGGGAAAUAAUGGAAAAAUAUUAUGUUGGAGAGAUUGAUACCUCGUCGUUCCCAAAGCUAACGUCUAAGCCAGUCCCUGGCCAUUCUCCAAAGCCCUCUGACACUGCAACCAAAAUUUUGCAUUUUGUAAUUCCGGUGGCCAUUGUGGGAGUUGCUGUACUAGUUUGCUUUUAUAUUAAGAAAAGAUGAAAUUUAACUGCAUAGCACUAUCAGGCAUUAAUCAUUUAUAAUUCUAGGUUAAUCAUUGCGAAAUAUGUUUCCUUUCUUGGAGGCUUUGCCAAGGAGCAAGAUUUUUCGGAACAACACGAUGCGUUUGAAAUAAAUCAAUAGUAUUCAGGUGAAAAUGGGGUCUGUUAUUGAAUUGCUUAUUUUACUUCUACAUAAGCCAAAAUACAUAUGGCAGUUGUUUCCCAAAAUGCCACCUUUGCUGAAAAUAACUAAUGCAAGAUUAUAUUUCCUCC